AUGAAUGCUUCCUUAGUCUGGAGGAUUUUGCGUGAACAGCUGUAUCCUUUCCAUAUUCAGCGGGUGCAAGCUCUUAUAGCCCCCGAUUAUGAUUCCAGACUAGCGUUCUGCAGAUUCGUACUAAGAAAAGGUGAAGAAAAUCCAGACUUUGCUGCUAAUAUUUUAUUUACAGAUAAAGCUAUUUUUACAAACAACGGGAUCAUUAAUUUCCACAACAAUCAUGUUUGGGCUGAUGAAAACCCUCAUGCCGUUGUCGAGUCCAGAUACCAGCAUCGAUUUUCUUUGAACGUUUGGGUGGGUAUUUUGAAGGACCGUUUAAUUGGACCAGUUUUUUUUCCAAAUCGUUUAACUGGUGCAGUUUAUUUUGACUUCUUAAAUAACACUCUACCUCCACUAUUGGAAGAUGUCCCCCUAAAUGAUAGAGUUAACCUUUGUACUAAUUAUGAUGACAGUACAGAUUCUACUUCCUCAUCUCUUUCUUUCAUUGAGGAUAGAUCAUUUCAAGAUCGUUUAGCCACGUGUUUUGUUAAUAAUAAUUUAACACAUGUGCAAAUUAAUAAUAUUCUAUCUGUUCUUCGAACACACACAUGCUUUUCUUCGUUACCAAAAGAUGUCAGAACUCUUUUAAAAACUCCACGAACACCUGUUGUCGUAUCCAAAAUAGAUUCAGGAGAGUAUAUUCAUUUCUCUCUUGAGGCAGCAAUUGUUAAAACACUAUUACGUCUUCCAUUAGUAUCUGUACCACAUGAUUUAGAAAUUGAUUUUAAUACAGAUGGAUGUAGUUUAGAUAGGCAUGGAAAUAUUCACAUCUGGCCAAUUCAAUGUAGAAUUACAAAUGUAAAAUAUACAAGGCCGAUAAUAAUUGGAAUAUAUAGUGGUGUUAAAGAGCCACAAGACCCAAAUUUAUUUUUUGAAAAAUUUGUUGCCGAUGUCAAUACUAUCAUAACCAAUGGUGGCAUAGUUUAUAAUGGCCAUAAGAUAGCAAUACGUUUAAGAUGUUUUAUAGCUGAUGCACCAGCUCGAGCUUUUAUUCUUAAUUAUAGAGGCCAUACAUCUGCAAAUCCAUGUUCAAAAUGCAAAGUUUCUGGUGUACGAUGUGAAGGCAGAUAUGUAUUUCCUGGUAUUAAUCAUCCUCUUCGAAUAAAUGAAGAAUAUAUCAAUUGUAUAGAUGAGGAUCAUCAUAGAGAUGGUAAAAGUCCAUUAUCAUUGUUAUCUACAAGUAUGAUUACACAAGUUCCUUUUGAGCACAUGCAUUUGGUAUGUUUGGGAGUUAUGAAGAAACUUUUAUCUGCAUGGGUAUGUGGUAAAUAUACACGUCUCACAAAGUUAUCAGGAAGAUCUAUAGCUAUAAUAUCUCAAAGAUUAAAUAAUCUUAAAAUGUAUUGUCCAUCAGAAUUUGCAAGACGUCCAAGAGCAAUUGAUGCAUUUAGUAAAUACAAGGCAACAGAAUUGCGCCAAUUUCUAUUGUAUACAGGUCCGGUCGUAACACAUGGUAUCUUGAAUCCACAAGCAUAUACUCAUUUUUUGUUUUUGCAUACUACCAUAAGAAUCUUGGUUUCUACUUCACCAUCAACAGCAUAUUUAAACUUUGCUGAACUUGCUCUGCAAACAUUUGUUGCUCGAUGUGAGAAUCUUUAUGGUUCAACAUUUCUUUCUUAUAAUGUGCACGGUCUUCUUCAUCUCACAGAUGACGUGCGGCAGCUAGGCCCUCUUGAUUCAUUUUCUGCUUUUCCAUAUGAAAAUAAUAUGUCAGUUUUUAGGAAAUACUGUAGAAAGCCUAAUUUUCCUCUCCAAAAGUUUUCGAAUAGAAUGACAGAAAUGGAAGCUCAUGAGACAACUAUACACCAUAACCAAACUCAUAUUUCCAAAAGUAUUGAUUCUUCUACGCAAGUAUUUACAGCGCACAAUAAAGGUCCUCUUCCACUUAACGUUAAUUCCAACAGCUGUCAGUAUCAUAAAUUAAUAUUCAACGGAAUUUUACUGAGUUUGAAUAUACGAGAUAAUUGCUGUAUUUUACACGACGGAUCGAUUUGUUUUAUUGUUAAUAUCUUUAUGGAUAAAAGCACGUAUUAUCUCGUUGUGAAGAAAUUUCAAAAAGUAGAUUCAUUCUAUGAUGCUGGUAUUUCGUCUUCAGCACUUCAAAUAUUUAAAUGUUCCGCAUUAAGUAGUGAGUUGUUAUGUAUCCAAGUGAAUGAAGUAGGGGAGACCGGGGCUCGUUGGCACCAUUUUUAUAAUUUCGUCAUUCGACUCUUUAAAGAACUAAUUAUAAUAAUUAAACUGUACUAA